CUUUCGAAAGUCAGCUCGGAAGGUGUAAUGCCUGUUUCCUACCGGCAGGAGGCGGGCUUGCGGGGUUCGGAGUCAUUGACAGAACGAGGGGAGUGGGGGCUUUGAAUGAAGGUAGAAGUAACAGCGUGGCUCCUGUAGGGGGCUCUCACAGACGCAAGAACGGAGCGGUCUGUAGUGUAUUUAUGCGCAAGCACAGAGGAAAGGGGGCAUUUCCAGAGGCUACUGCCAGCAACUGCUCACGAGACAUUUAGCACCGCUAGAUAUUUUGGACUUCAUCUCCCAUCAGCCCCAGUCAACGUGGCCAACCGUCGGGAAUUCUCGAAGUUCUCUGGAUUCUCGAACAUCUGGAUUGGGGAAGACCACGCUAGAGAGUUGGGUUUAGGAUAAGAAUUCAGGGCUGAAUCUCUACUCGAUAAUUUCUUGGUGGGCUUUGGCAAGUCAUGCUUUCACACGUGAUGAUAGCCACUCAGGUUAUGUGAUACACUGCACAGUAGCUUAUGAAUGUUGUUGAAAUGGCAAUGGGAUAGACUGGAUAGGAGUAGCUCCUAGGUCAAAGAGGCAUUUUAGUUAAGGAGAGUAUUACUUCUAAUUCAGACACAAGAACUGCAGAAACUGCGAGACUGCACAAACUCAACAGGGAGUAAAACCCACUGAACUCAGUGGGAUUUACUUCAAAGCGCAUAUGCAUAGGGUUGGGCAAAUACAUGUGAAAACAAUGACCGUUCUUAACAUACUUAUAGUUUAUCAGGUUAUGAAAACUGUAAGGACAGGCAGAACAUACAGCAUAAAGCAAGUGUGUUUUUGGACUGCACAGGACAGAAAUCUGAAUAAAGUUCUUUUGUUUCCCCAGUUGCACAAGGACCAUGUGAAAUAAGUCUGUUCCUAUUUCACAUGAGGUUUGAAUCCUGCAGAGCCCAAUCCUUGUAAUACAAAAUAGUUACUGACCUCUCAACUCUCAGUUUUCCUUUUGAGCUUCAUAGGUGGGCCCCAAAUACACAUACACACCUUUUCAGUGUUAGUUUUAGAGGUCAGAUGAGGAUUUUAAUCACAGCUGUGGCUGUGAAUAUGAAACAAAGACCUAGUGGUAAUUAUUCCAGAUUGAUGAAUCUACUCACUGCUCUGCCUACUUUAACUACACCUUCUUAACUUUUCAGGAUACAGCAAGACUUCCACCCUGGAGAAGCAGUGUAGAUUACCUUCCAUAGGAGAUGGCAGAAAAGGGAAAGGAGCCAAUGUUCUAUGGUUGCUCCAUCUGCCAGAUCACUGCUUGCCCCUUUCUCUCUCUGUAGGUGACUCCCCUUUCAGUCUGCUUCUCAUCUGGGGGGGGCCUGGCAGUGCAGCCCCCCCAAACUUCACUUUUCUGAAACACGGCUCUAGCCAACCUGCUUCGCUGCUUCACUUGUGACCGCCUGUGUGGGGGCUGCACGGCACCUGCUCCCCCACCUCGACAGGGCAUUGCUCUCCAGCCUGUCAUGCCCAGCUGUGAGCCAGUACCACCUGCUGCCUGCCUCCCUACCAAGACCUUCCGCAGUUACCUGCCUCGGUGCCACCGGACAUACAGCUGUGUCCACUGUCGGGCACACCUGGCUAAGCAUGAUGAGCUCAUCUCCAAGUCCUUCCAGGGAAGUCAUGGGCGUGCCUAUCUUUUCAAUUCUGUGGUUAAUGUGGGCUGCGGUCCAGCUGAGCAACGACUCUUGCUCACUGGUCUCCAUUCAGUCGCUGACAUUUUCUGUGAAAGCUGCAAGACCACACUGGGCUGGAAAUAUGAACAAGCGUUCGAGACCAGCCAGAAGUACAAAGAAGGGAAGUACAUUAUUGAGAUGUCACAUAUGGUGAAGGACAACGGCUGGGACUGAGGGGGGCCUCUAGGUGCACAACCUCCUGCGUAGCAUGCCUUGCCCUCUCCUAACCCCACUACUGCAGCUGGCAUCCCAGCACAACCAACCCAGCCCUCUCACCCCUGUCUCACAGCAUCACCCGUGGGAGUGGAUAUACCAGGACCCUUCUCCCAAACCUCUUGGACUUUCUGAAAUGCUGGAUUCAAAGUUUGGAGGACCCUGCCCUGCCCCGACAGCAGAAGGGGAAGCUUGUAGGGUUCAGGGGCCAGUGAGGGAGAAUUUUGGAUUGGAUUCUACUUGAUCUGUACCUGCGAGGGAUGCUGCUCCCACUGCGAGCACCGGCUGGGUAGCACCCAGAACUGCGAGCCUGGAAGUGGGUUUGAACUUUGCAGUCCCUCAUGUAAGACAGACACACGCCUCUCUGGAAUGGGCACAGGGCAAGCUCUUGGGGAGUGGCCAUCACUCACAGCAGAGCACACGCUUUGCCUGCGGAAGUCCCAGGUCCAGUCCCUGGCAGCUCCAGUUUACUGAAGAGCCUUAUGUAGCUGGGCUGCCAGGAACCCCCACCAGAGGCUGCUGGUCAAUUGCUUAGUGCUGAGCUGGACGGACUGGUCCAGUCCAGAAUAAGGGAAACUUCUCAUGCACCUCUCCUUUCUGGCAAGAAUUAAAGCGAGGGCGUCAGCCUAUCAGAGUUGAACAGAGAAGGCUGGAGGGAGGGUACGCCCCUCCUCGUAUGAGACAAAAGGUUUCCUGGAGGUAGGGGACAGAGGAGCAGUCCCUCUCCACAUGGGGCCAUGGUAGUUCACGUCGCCCUUCACUAUUCCCUUUCCCAGUCACUGCCGUGGUAUUUUCCCCAUGUUUAUUCUAUGGAGUCUGUUUCUUUGUUUGGGUCGCCAUGUGCUUGUGAUCCCUGGGCACUAUGAUCCCCCACAACCCCCCCACCAGAUGAAGAAAGGGUGGGAGGUCUGCUGGGGGCAAAGCCUCAGCACUGUCACCAGCGCAGGACUUUUUUUGUAUAAUAAAGGUGUUUUAUAUUUAAAAAAGAAGAAAGCCAUAGUACCAA